CUGGCCAUUAACGAGGAGCCUGUUGGCGACGUGUCCAGAGAGAGAGUCAUAGACCUUGAGCUGCAAGGAAUCCAUUGUUCUGACUGUUGUCCAGCCCCAACAGUCACCCAAAUCUGCCUUUAUUAGUGCAGCAAAGAAAGCUCGUCUACGGACCAACCCCCCGAAAGUGCGCUUUUCUGAACAAGUGUCCAUCAGCGACCCAGACACCACAAUGCUGAAAGACGAUUCUUUGCUGCUUAUCCCUAAUGUUCUGAAGGUGUUCCUGGAGAAUGGACAGAUCAAGUCCUUCACAUUUGACAGCCGUACAACGGUCAGGGAUGUGAUCUCCUCACUGCAGGAUCGGCUGUCCUUACGCUACAUUGAGCAUUUUGCUCUUGUUCUGGAGUCUGGCGGGCUAGAUCAAAACCACCGGCUGCACCUGCUGCAGGAGAACCAGCCUCUGUCACAUGUGGUGCAGAGGACCUACUUCCAGGGGAUGAAGUGUCUAUUCCGCAUCUGUUUCUUCCCUAAGGACCCAGCUGACCUGCUCAGGAGGGAUCCUGCAGCAUUUGAGUACCUCUACAUACAGAGCCGCAAUGAUGUCAUCAAGGAGCGCUUUGGCAUGGACUGGAAGAACGAUGUCACGCUGAAGCUGGCUGCUCUCCACAUCUUUAUCACUGUGUCGGCUGCCAGGCCCAACCAGAAGAUCUCCCUCAAGCAUGUGGAGAAGGAGUGGGGCCUGGAGCCCUUCCUUCCCCUCACCCUGCUGCCCAUGGUGAAGGAGAAAAAUGUCUGUAAAACUCUCUCCCAGCUGCUAAAAACCUACCAACAUCCCCCACCUGCGGGCAGCAAGGUACCUCCUCUGCAGGGGAAGUUACAGUACAUGCGUGCAUUGAAUGAACUGCCACCUUUUGGGGGUCUACUCUUCCACACUGUGGGUCUGGACGAGAAGCAGUCAGCCACCUCCCUGCUGGUCGGGCCGCGGCACGGCAUAAGCCACGUCAUAGACCUGAAGAACAACCUCACUACCGUGCUUGCAGAGUUCAGUCGGAUUGCCAAGAUCCAGCUGUUCCGAGAGAACCAGGGUGUGGCCCGGGUAGAGCUGGUCAUCCUGGAUGCCAAGCCACUAGUCCUGUUGAUGGAGUGGCCAGAUGCCACCAAUUUUGCCAGUCUCAUAUCUGGCUAUUACAAACUGUUCGUAGACCCCAAGAAGACCAUUUACUGCCGGACACCUGGUCAGUCUCACAUGAUCAAGGCAGAUUACAGAAGCACCCACGUCGCCCCAUGGCCCACACCCUCAACGUCCAGCAGCAGCCGGCGCUCAGAGGAGAGAGAGGGCCCCCCCAGGGACCCAUCCCGGGGGCCAACCGCCCCGCUAGAGCCCCAGCACUUGGGCCUCUGUCACAUACACCUGAAGGAGCAGCAGCAGCUGCAGGAACUCCAGGCACAGGGUGAUGCUGAGGCCGAAGUGGACAUAAAUGAGAACCUUGUCUCUGGGGAUAUAGGCCGGCCACGCACCAAAUCCGACCCCACGCUUAAGAGCUCUGAGUCUAUUGCAGGGCUAGAGGGGCACAGUCAAGACAGCCCUGUGUUCCGAGGGCGGGCCUACACUCUAGAGCCUUCUCAGCGGCGUACUCGCUUCUUUUGCGACUCCUGCAAGGCCAAGCUGAAGGCAGCGGCCAAGGGGGUGGUGGCGGUGAACGGAGGAGGCGGGCCUCAGCAGCUUGCUCUGCGCCGUUGCUCCAAUGCCUGCGCCGCCCGUGACGGGGGUGCUGUGGACCUCACAUCCCUCCCACUCCCAGGCAGUGAGGAGGACGAGGAGAUAGAAGAGAAGAAUGAGAAGCUGAGGCCGCCCCCUCCUGCUAUCGCUGCUCCGCCACCUGGAUUCAGGGACAACAGUUCCGAUGAGGAGGACCCCAAGAGGGCACAGAAAGCCCAGGCCGGGGCCACAGCAGGAGGAGGUGGGCGGGAGGAGGUGCCCAUCACGCUGAUUGACAGCGUGGCCACGCGGACAGUUCGGGAUCACGCGCAAGAGUUGGACGAUGCCCUGGUGUCCACCCUGCAGGCGUUGGAGGCCCUGGCAGCAUCUGAGGAUUACCCCCAACAUCACCAGCAGCCCCCACAGACUGCAGGGCUAAUUGUGCUGGCGGCCAUAACCCCAGAGUCCUCCUUGGACUCUGGACAUGAGACCAACUCUUCUGAGCUGACUGAUGUCUCUGAGAUGGUCUCAGCCAUGAAGCAAAACCAGACAUACCUGCUGGCUCACCACAUCAACAAGGAGCGCUUCUUCAGCCGCCGUGACUUUCCCCUUACAAUCCCUGCCUGCACCACCCAAACUCUAAGCAGUGGUGCCCUGUCCCUGGGCCAACUGCGUGCCACCUGCCCCCCCAAACCUGUCAUACUCAGCAAGACCGUGCCACUGAUAGUCAGCCCCAGCCAGGAGACUCCGAGCCCCAGCCUCACAGUGGAGCAGAGCCAGACACAAGCUCCAGUUCAGAGUGACUUGAGCACAGUGGAGACCAAGUCAGAGCCUCCCCCUGGGGGUAUGGCUGACCCCUCCCCUCAGGCUGCUAAGGAACUGAAAGUAGCCGAUCAAGGGGAGAUGUGCCAGGUUGGCAAAGACAAGACGAUGCUUGGACCCAAAGAGGGCCAGUUGAGCAUCAAUCCUCCUGUGGAUGUGAAGGGCAAAGUCUCCAGUGCUACUAGCCCUGAAACUACCAACAAAGCCUUACCAAUACUCAUGCCUGUGGACAAAGCUGUUUCUGCAAAAAUUUGCCCGACAAAUAUGUGCCAAGAUGCCGAGACUGCCUCCAGUAAGACCAGCAAGCCUUCAACCUCCAACAACAAGGGUCCCUUACCAGUGGAUGACCUGUUCUGCACGUGCCCAGUACGGCCUGGACCCAAGCCUUCCCUGAGGCUGAAGGACCCACAGGCCCAGAAGGUGGUUGUGUUCCACUCCUCCUCCCCAACAGAUGAUGAGCGUCUCCGUGCCAAAGCAAAGGGUUUGCAGCUGUCCAGCAGCAAAGAGGGUGGGACACAGGGACCAGAGCCCAGCCUGCCAAAGCAAAGCCUCCUGGUCCCACCAAGGUUCUCUCCACGCCCUGAAAAGACAGAGCGCAAAGACAUGCCAGAUGUAAAGACAGAGGUAAAAGCUAACAAUGACACACAGAAAGCACCCAAGGUCCUGCCCAUGUUGGUAGAAACCACUCUGACCACGAGCUACGCAGACAAGGCUGCGACAAUCCCUGCCAUAGAGCAUAAGAAACAGGGUGGUGGUAGUGCUGGCAACAGCAGGGGUCACAAGCAGCAGCGUACUGCUCCCUUCCUUAGCUUCCGUAACUUACUUUCCGCAACUUUCCCAGCCCGGCUGCGCCGUGAGACAGACGAACGACAGGCUCAGCUACAGAAGGUGCGGCAGUAUGAGCUGGAGUUCCUAGAAGAGCUGCUUAAACCUAAGGCGGCCCAGGCUGAGUUUCUGCCCCCGGGACCCUCCCCGGUGCCCGGGGGCACCCCCUGCUCCUGCCAGCUGCGCUCCAGCCCUGUACAGAAAGUUCCUGGUGUCUCCCGUGAGCAGCGGCGCAGUUGUGACUGCAAGAGGCUGUGCCGGGGGAUCCGGCUGCCUGACACGCCAGUGGGAUCCGCUGCCGAGCGCAGAGGGAGAGAGAGGGCAGUCUCAAAGACCCCUCCAGCUGUGACUAAGGUGUCACAUUUACCUGAAGGACCCAGGAGACCUCAUACCUUGGAGAUCAAGACUACCAGAAUCCGCUCCUCCAGCCUGGAGUCCCGGGAGCCUCGUGGGGAAGCGGCAUCCUGCCUGCCCACCUGUACCUCCCGCCCUGAAUGCUUGGGUGCUCCCCAGUACAAGAAACUCCAGAGGCGGUACAGCAUUGGGGAGGCUGAGGGAAAUGAGAAUGCACCCCUCUAUGCUGAGGUUAAGCCCAAAUCCAAGAGUCUGGAAAAGGAAAUGGAGCGAGUGAGGGCAACAGGCCUGAGGCUUCCCACCCCUGUGGAGCCAUGCUAUAGCAGCAUCAGGGAUGGGAAGAGGAAGGGUGUGUUCUCCAUCCAGGGCGAUGAGAUCCCUCGGGAGGGGCGAACUGGAGCAGGGGAGGUGCUGCUGGGGCUGCCAAGUGAGGAUAAUGAUGACCGGGAAAAGUGCUGCUCCUUCUGCUUCUGUUACCGUAAGUGUGAGGCGGCCGACGAGAGCAGCGAGAAGGAUGAGCUAUCCUACUCCAUUCCUCUGCAGGUCCUGCCUGGCAUGCAGCUGGAUGCCCACUCCAUGCCCGUGGUCAGCAAGACCCUGCAGGUCCUCAAUGCGGAGGACUGCAGCGGGGAGGAGGAGGUAGAGCUGGAAGAGGAGGAGGAAGAGGAGGAGCCACAGAGCCAGGAGAUUGACCUACGGGCCAGCAGCAGCCUAGAGGGCAGCCUGGCACGUGUGCAGGCUCUCCAGGGUAAAACCUUCUCCCUGCCCGAUGGCUUUCUCAGCGCCCAGCUUGAUGCUAAUGAGCUGCUGGCCAUUCUGCGUCAGUGUGCCAGUGGCGGACCCCACACAGAGGGCGAGCCCCAGCUGCAUUCGGCACGGCUAGCUGAGUACAAGCAGGAGCUAGCGAUUCGCUUCAAGGAGUUUCGGGCAUCGUGCCGGCGAGUGGCCGGGGUGGAGAAGAGCCCCACACGAAUGCUGAACGCCGUCACCGCCAGCUUCCAGGUGCUGUGCGGCCUGACACAGACCUUCAUCCAGUUGGUGCGUGGGGUGCGUUCCGAGGCCCAGCGCCUGCAGCUUCUGCGCAAGGUUGAAGAGGUGGCCAUCAACUACACACUCCUCCUACGCGCCGCCGAAGAGUCCAUGGGCCACUCCAGCAGCUUACCUGCCAAGAAUUCUGGUCUCCCGUCUGGGCCUCCUCUUACUACCAUGACUGCAGGCUCCCUCAACCGCCCCAUCAAGACCCUGAUCACCAAGUGAGGCUUGUGCUUCUCUCAUCCAUGGGGGGUCUCAAAGAACAUGAGCACCUAUACCCCACAUGACACACACAUACAUAAACACAUGUGCACACACGCAAACACACACACACAUACACACACACUUCUUGCUCCAUUCUGUGACACAUCCAGUGAGGCUGACAUGACAGUCUGGAGUGAACUGGGUGCACUCCCCACCCUGGGAUUCACCAUACUGACUUACUGUUUACAUUCAUUUCCCAUAACAGUACUUGCUACGAUAUCUUGGGACGGUACUGGGAAGCAAGUGCUCCUUGACAUGUGUUUACAGAGGCAGCAUCAGCACAGGCAUUGCACCACUGGUCCUACAGCAUUAGCAGAACCCCUCUUAAACCACCACAUCUGUGCAGGGGUGAGAACUGGACUGGGACCUAGGACCUAGAGAGAUGCACACAUGCAGAUAAGACGUACAAACAUACUCAGACAGGCAAUAUAGGCAGGGCUAUAAGUGAGACCUAUGGCUUAAUGCUACAGGGUGGAGUAUUGUCUUUGUCAAACUGAUUAAGUGUUUGUUUUGUUUUGUUUUUACUUUGCAAAGGAUAAACUUUUUUGUGUCAAAAAUAAUAUUUAUCAUAAAUUAUUAUUAUGACUAUGAUCAUGACAAUUAGGAUAACAUAUCCAACAUCCAGUGAGCACUGAGAAAAAAAUUCCUCAACAAAAAUAUCAAGUAGCGGAUUCUGUAAAAAUUAGUUUGUGCAAAAGCAUUGGUUGGGUUCGAUCAUAUGUUUGUUUGUACAUUUCUUUGAUCAUUGUGACAUGAUACAGAGUGCUUCACUGGAUAUCUGGACAAUCUUUAAGUGUCUUAAGUGCAUCUUCAAUGCGUACAGUAUAUUCACACUGUUGGACUUUGUGUCACUGAAAAAUUUUAAAUGGCCACAUGUUUGGACUGCAUUAUUUGUGAGGCACAGAUGCACAUGCACACACAUGUGGAGUGGAGACACAGGUAAGGCACACCUGCUCAGGGCAGUCAAUGUAGCAGAAAUCCAAACUCAUGGCUCAUCUAUGUCAGUAGAGACUGAUUGCUCUUCUUUGAGGGAGUGCAGCCUCAACUUGCUGGGUCUAGCCCGGCACUUUCCUCAUGAUCUGAACACUGCUUUUCACAAGGCACUGAAGAGGCUUAAAGACACAUGCCCAAAACUAACUGGGCACCUCGAUUAAUGCAACAAUAUCUGCCUCAUUAUGGAGGAAACGGAUUCCGCAGGUGAGUAAGCUUGGAAUUUGUGCAGCUUCCAUGUUGUCCCCAUAUGUAACAACCGGAUUCUGUUCUCAGCACACAUCAUGCUCAGUGUCUCUGCUUUUUUUUCAGCACAGCUUAGAGAAUUAGUGGCUCACUAUUUUUUACAUUUGACAAGGAGAACAAGGGGGCUAAAUAGCCCUCCAUGUGGCGCCCUUUGUUUUUUAAAUGAUUUUAUAUCACAGAAAAUAGCUUCUAAUUCUACAGUACACACUUUCCUUUCAAAUUAAUCUCACUCUUUGCCACGCCCCCCCCCCCCACCCCCCCACCCCCCGCAGAAAAAAAAACAAAACAAAAAAAACCUGACGCUGCUGUUUUUUUUAAGUACUGUUUAUCCGUUGUGCAUCCUUGGAAAUUGAAGAAACACACAUAAAAGUAGUUUUUUAUGUAUUUUAAUAAAGCAAACACCUGUUUGUUGUCUGAACACUUUUUUUCUGUCUCUUCCUGUACCCUCUGUUGACAAACCGAACUCACAUAAAGGUUUACAAAGUCCUGAAGCCCAUGUUGUUUGCAGUUUCAUUCAGAUUCUGCUUACUUGAUCCCUAGUCUGCUUGCUGUCAUGGGUGAGAUUCAUAUGUGCCAUAUGUUCUUCAUAUCACUCUGUCUUACACGUUGCCAUAUUUCCACCUUUGUCUUCCUGGAUUUGCACAGUAGAGAUAACAUGGUUUCUUCUGCUCGUGAGUCAUACUUCUCUAUGUAUUUUGGAGAUGGUUUAGGCUGGACAGCCCUGUUUCACUAGAAUGGCGGUUGGGCAUACAAACAUACGAGCCCCUCACUGCUUCUCAUCUCUAUGAUGGUGUAUGAUUAUGUAAUCAACUUGUAAAUAGUGUAAAUUAAAUAGGAUAUUUGUGAGGAGGCAGAUACUUUUAAAAUAUUCAAUAUUGGCAGUGUAAAGAUUUAUCAUAAAUGCUUCACUGUUUUUGUAAAACAAAAAGAAUCGUAACAUGACUGUACCUUAUUUAUAGUAGUAAUGUAUCAUAGAAAUGAAUAGUGGAAAGCUAUAUUUUAAAGAAUAUACAUAACUAUAAAGCAUGGGCCAUGUUUAUUUUUAUAAAAUAUUUCCAUUUUGAUCCUACUUUUCUCCCACAAAUUUUAUGAAAAGUGUUUUUCAGGUUUUUUUUAUCACAAGUUGAAUAUUUAGUUGUGACAUGCAUUGUUUGGUUGCAUUCCCAAAAUGUUACUAUGUCCCUCUGUUCCAUACUCUUGUGGAUUUUCUUUUGUAAUUUAUUGCCUCAUUUAUUUAUUAACUUAUUUAUUUGAUUAUUUUUGUCAAAUAUCUUGUCUUCAAUGUGGUCCUCUGUCUGUGUAUAACGUGGUUCAUGUUUUAAUAGCAAUAAAGUGUAUUCAUGUUAAUACAUUCAACUUAAAAA